AUGGCGAACGGAACUAUGGCACACGAUCUACCGCCAUUGCCCGCAUACACGGUCACGCCGAUGCCCGACUUGGUUCCCUUCAUAUCCGACUUCUGGCUGUCUCUCAUUCUACCCCACAUUGCUUACUGGGCCGUGUCCAUGUUAUUCCACCUCAUCGACGUCUACGAUCUCUUCCCGCAAUACCGGCUGCACACCCCUGCCGAGAUCUCGCAGCGCAACCUCGCAUCGCGAUACCAGGUCGCCCGGGACGUCAUCCUCGAGCAGAUCAUCCAGAUCGGGACGUCCGCCGUCCUGUCGCUGACGGAGCCGAAGCAGAUGAUCGGCAUGGAGGAUUACGACGUCGCCGUCUGGGCCACGCGCAUCCGGCUGGCGCAGCGCGCCGUGCCCACCCUCCUCGGCCUGCUCGGCCUCAACGCUGCCUCCAUCUCUAAAAAUAUGGCCUCGUCCCACCCGCUGAUCGCCGGCGCGCUGGCCGGCGGCCACUAUCCGUUCCUUACCACCGAGCUCGGCGGCAGCACUGGGACUCACGUGCCCGCCUUUGCGACCUGGGAAUUGAUGGUUGCCAAGGCGAUCUACUGGCUUAUCAUUCCCUCCUUCCAGAUCUGGAUUGCGGUCGUCAUCCUCGACACCUGGCAAUAUUUCUGGCACCGUGCCAUGCACCUCAACAAGUGGAUGUACACCAACUGGCACGCCCGACACCAUCGUCUCUACGUUCCCUACGCAUACGGCGCGCUUUACAACCAUCCGGUCGAGGGCUUCGUCCUGGACACUGUCGGCGCUGGCCUCGGCUAUAAAGUGUCCAUGAUGACGCCCCGGCUCGGCAUGUGGUUCUUCGUUGGGAGCAUGAUCAAGACUGUCGAUGACCACUGCGGCUAUGCGCUGCCAUGGGAUCCUCUUCAGCAUAUCACGAGCAACAACGCGGCGUACCACGACAUCCACCACCAGAGCUGGGGGAUCAAGACCAACUUCUCCCAACCCUUCUUCACCUUCUGGGAUAAGCUCCUGGGGACCAUGUGGAAGGGAGACGCGAUGCUCAAGUACCAGCGGACAAGGGAGGCGGCAGCCACCAAGAAGGCGGCCGCGAAGAAGGCUCAAUGA